AUGCGCUUCCUCUGCCUCAGCCAGGCUGCCCUUUUGAUCAGCCUCACUCUCAUCGCGGGCCUUAUGCCCACCACCCACGCAAGCACCAAUACCGCUCGCCACGCCACCCGCUAUGGAGUCGUUGCUGCUCGUGAUCAGGUCGCUGCUACUGGGUUGGAGCAGGGCGUCAAGAUCGCCCGUGACGAUGGGCAACUCCAGUCCGGCUCCGUCCUGCAGAAGGUGCUCAGGAAGAAGGCCGAUGCUGCCUUUCCCCGUUCCGAGCCUGGCCAGAAGGAGCGCGAUGAGCUCAACGUCCGCCACGACACCUCGCCUCAAGAGGUUCAAGGCAGCCCGACCCCCCUCGCGCGCGAUCUCGCUACCACCCCUGCCACUCGCUCCCCUGGCCCCAACACCUUCUACGGAAUACACGGCCUUGCUUAUCUUCAAGUUCGGUCAGGUAUCUGUGACUGCUGUAGCUAUAAUUCCCAAUCGACUUGCUGCGGGGACGCUCCAGGAUGCUCGUGCGGUGGCUGCUAAGGGUAGGAGGGCGACGUACUGUAGGACGC